AUGCCUGCUGAGAAUGAGUCCCCCGCCCGCGAGCCAGCUACUCGCGGCCGCGGCAGGGGCGGGCGUGGCGGUCGCGGUGGGCGUGGCAGAGGCGGCGGCAGGCUCGCAGCUUCGGCUGCCGCCUCGACCGUCAAGUAUUCCGUCUCCAAACCCGGCCGUGGCGGCUCGCGAAGGGGCCGCGCAAAGACCUUUGCCGAUUCUCGUGUCCAGGGCGCCUAUGAGCGCCAGCGCGAUCUGAAGGCUCAGUACCAAGCCGUCGCCCUUACCCUCCGCUCCGCCCUUCAGGAGCUCGCCGAGCGCAGCAUUGACGACAUCUUGCAAAAUCCAGACCGUUUCAAGACGGUCCCGGAGCAUCAACCCAUCGUCCGCCAGCUGCAACACUACUUGGACCAUAGGGUCGCCGAGCACGGCCGCCGUCGCGACGUGGACCUCAAGCUCGCCAAGGAUACACAUGACGCUGAAGUCUAUGUUGCCGAGCGCGAAUUUCGGAAUGCCGUCGAUGAUAUUGUAGAGCAAUUCUACGAAGGCCAAGAAAACAGAAUUCGCAUACUAAACACCAUCAGCAGCCAGGGUCUUCCUGUCGAUGUGAGUAUCUGCCACGGUAUUGGCACGCCGCGCUGCCUCGCCGUCCGUGAUGACCAGUAUCAGUACAAGACUAUCUCUGAUGCCCAUCUCGACCGCGAAUUUGGCAUCUAUGAAAGCUACAAGAAUGGCCACCUUGUCCCCUACCCCUCGCGUGUCCCCGGCACCGAAAUGUGGAAACGAGGGCGUAUUGCUGCCGACGCCGCUUCGGCCCCGGCCCCCUCCAACGCUACCGCCAAGGGAGGUCGUGGCCGCGCGCGUGGUGCUGCUAUUAGCAAGCGCCGCGCACUGGAACAGCCGGAUGGUCAGCCGACGCCCAAAAAGUCGACUCGCGGCUCGGACGAUGCUGCACUUUUGCAGCAACACAUGGCUCCUGCCCCAGCCAAGGGUCUCCUCGCCUCCGCCGCUGAGGCAGAGGCCCACCCUAACGGUGUUGCCGAGGAGGAGUCCGUGCCAGCAUCACCAGAGCCGGCCGGCCUCACCAAUGGCACAUCGGCUGCCGCUAAAGAUCCAAGCAAGCUGCAUGCCCGUGAAAAGAGUCCGCCUCUGCCCAAGAAUAUUGGCGAACCCGACGAGUACGGUAUUCGUUUAUAUAACCAAAGAGGACCACGUGAAAAGGCCAUGACCAGCAGAUUCAUGGCACCUCCCAUAUUCACAUUCAAUGACUGGGAAAUUGGCUUCCGAGAUACGUCCAAUGACUCCUCCAAGGGCCAUACCAGGGCCAAGCGCGGCAAGUACCUUGACACGCCUAACAACACUGGCUGGCACUUUGACCAUUGGUGCAAUGGUUAUGAUUUCUCGAGUAUGAAGCCGGGCGACCUCGACAAGGAGCUUGUGGAGAGACACGGCCUCCACCCCAAGUACGGCAUCUUUCUACCCACAAGCACAAACGACUCCAUCGAGAGUGGCCCCUGCAACAUUCCUGGCAAGCCAGUAGUUUUCAUUGCUACACCUUCCGGCCGCGUUUCGUAUGCGUCGAGGUCGUUCAUUCCCACCGUGAACCAUCGACGCUCUGAGGAGGCACCUUUUCGCCUCAAAUUUGGUGCUUCGCUGCGUCGUUUCUGCAAAGUGGCCGAUCUUAAGGAGGGUGAUAUUUCCAUUGCCGAGUAUCUGCCAUCUUUCAAUGAGUGGAAGAGGAAGUCUCUUGGCACCGCUGUUAAGGAAAUGAAGAAGAGGCCUAUUGUGGAGAUUGGCUCGGAAACAGACGAGGAGGUUGAGCCCGAAGAGACCAACGAACCUGUUGAUACUGGCAUCUCCGCAAUGUCGGUCUUGACUUAUGCGUCCGCCUAUGUUGCCGCCCAAGAGACACCCAAGGCUGCACCGCCCCCUCCUCCUAAGCCAGCCCGUUACGACGCCAUUCGUGACGUCUUCACCAACACACGCUCGCCACCGCCCACCACCGCGCCUCCAGAACCCGCCUCUCUCGGUCUUAACACGCUUGCAGAGCUCUGUAAUUUGAACGCGCGGCUUCCUGGUGGUACUGUUGUGGCUGUUGAGCCGGAGUACAGGAACGUCCUUGAAAAGGAGGAGACGCCGCAGGCCAGCUCUUUCGGACACCUGCCACCCAGUCAGCGCGCCGAGCACCAAUCGCCGUAUAGCUACUCUUCGCGCGACCGAGCGUAUCCUCAGCCGCCAGCCUCGGGCACCAUCCCGGAAAGCAGCCCAUAUCCGCCACUCGAUCGUGGUCCUCCGCCGCCGGCACCAAUGGACUACAAGUCCCACUACCCUCCGCCGCCAGGUCCCAUCUCACAGGAGCCUAGCUACUACUACCCUCCACAUGACCUUCGCGACUCUAUGGCACCGGGACGCUCCAUGGAUCAUGGUUAUGGUCACCGCCGACUUAGCGCUUACGGCAGCGAACCUCCGCCCCCCCCUCAGUCGUACUCGCGAGGCCCAUACUGGCCUCAGCCGCAUGCCCCGAUUACGCAGCCGACACAUUACGGCGCACCGCCUCCACCGCCCUCCCGACUAUCCUACUCGCAGGCUAAUGAUCCUCUACCUCCUCUGCGGCCGCCACGCCGGCAGCAUUCGCUGCCUGACGAACCCAUGCACGACGGCCAGCGAUCGAGCAUCCACAGCGGCAUCUAUUAUCCUCCCGGCCCAGCCCGGUCUUACCAGCGCAGCGGUUUCACGACAGAGCCUCUGGCACCGCUGCAGCUGCUCCAGAGUGAACGUCUGCUGCCUAACCCGCAGGCCCAGGGCUAUAUGGGAUCGCCACCGCUGGGCUACGCGCACCAGGUGCUAUCCCCGACAUUCGGAAACCCUGGUUUGCCUGGCAACAUUGGGCAGAGUCCUCCCGGCACACCUCAGGGACCGCAUAGUGGUAUCCACCGCCACCGCUCUACGCCAUCGGGCUCGUCCGAUGCUGGCUCUAAUAAAUACAGAAAGCUGCAGCCCGCGCCCGUUCCCCCGCACCGGAACUGGGCAAAUAAGCCAGAGCUGAAGACGAUCCCUUAUGACCAUAAGGAGACCGGUUCGUCUGCGGCACUUCCAAGCUCAGGCCCCACGCAGAUCCGAGGCUGGAACCGUCCGGAAUUAUCCAAAUCAUGCACCUCCGGCACUGGUGCUGUCGCGGUGGCAGCGACGGCGGCCAAAGGCAAGAGCAAAGGCAAGAACAAAGGCAAAAGCAAAGGCAAGAGGAAGGCCUCGCCGCCGCUGUCAGAAGCCAGGGUGCACUUUUGCGAGCCGUUGCUGGGUCUGCCACCUCUGUUCCCGCGCGACCAGCAACCACGCGAGUCAGUGAAGCAGCCGUCGAUGUUAUUUACGCCCACGUCUCUGGCGCCGGUUCCAGAGGUGCCGUUGGAAGAGGCCGCAGAAGCUGGCCAGAGCGAGCCGCCACCUAAGCGUAUGCGACUCAGGACCAAGACUCAGCGGAAGACGCCGGCUGAAUUGGCGAGGCCAGCACCGUCGAAGAGGAAGCGACAGCCGCGCGGGAAACCGAGGCGGGAGACGCCGGUUCCUGUGCCUAUCCCAGGCGCCUCUUCCGGGCCGCCUGCUGCAACCUUGACACUUUCCACCGAGAAGCAGAGCGUGUCCAAGUUGUGA